AUGAUUGGACCAGUUCCUGACGUUAUUCCUGUACAAGAACGUUCGACAAUCGAUAUCGGCAGCUAUGCUGACAAGUACAGCUACCCAGACCCGGAGCAAGACCCGUAUCUUACUGGGAAGGCGGAAAUGCAGAAAUCUUACUUAAACAGCACCAUCCGCCCCUUGCGAGCUUCUAGUACGAAUUUCUUCUCUUCGUUUUUCGCCGAAACUGCCGUUCUUUUUGCCAGAAGAGAAUCCCUCAGAGUCAUCAAAGGACUAGUCUUUACAAUUAUUGCCCAUUUAUAUCUUCUCAACUUCGUCGUUUCGGAUCACUCGUCUGCGUUGAGCACUUUUAUCUUCAUCUCUUUCGUACAAAUUCUAGUUUUGUCCGUAUCACUUGUGGAACAAUGGGCAAGGUUUAAAAUUGCAUCUCCGAGCUAUCAUCACGGCUUCGAUCGCGCGAUUAUAAUAGCCUCAUUGACAUCAUUUUUCCUGACGAUUAUCAAGUGCGCGUCUAGUAUAUUCUACUCGUUAGGAGUCUUUGUGUCAUCUGAUGAGUCCGUUCAUCAUUUUCGGCACCCAUUUCUCAUCUCUGCUGGAGGGAUAAUAUUUGCAUUCAACUUGUUAAUUCAUUACUUUCUGGAUCCCGGCAGCAAUCAUUUUACGAAAUUGAUAAAAUCCUGUUCAACGAACCCCCUUCAAGCGGAGUUCCAUCGCCUAUUCAAAGUGAUUCUUUUUUCUACAGAUCAACCGCAUCCCGUUCUUGCGCUCAAUGGCGCUUCACUGAUUGUUAUCAUGUUAUCUGACGUCUUUGUGCUCCUUGGAAGCGACCCUCGACUAACCGAUUCUGGGGCUUCCAUUCUUCUCAACUUAUUUGUGAUUUUAACUGUCACGGCAUGGUUCAUGAAGUGCGCCACCGUCCUUUUGCACGGGACAUUUGAUGACCUAUCUGACACACUAGAAAAACUCCGUUUACAAAUAACAACUAUGGAUGGAAUACUUGAGGUGAAAAAGCACACUUCUGAACCGCAAUUUGUUCUAGCAGAAGUAAUCAAAAAGGUGCAUCCGGUCAUCCCAAACAGCAGUAUUCAACUGAUAAAAGACGAUUGGCAAACAACGUCUAAGAAGAGCCAGAAUUUCACUGUUACCCUCAAAAGAGCGUAUGAUAAAGAAAAAACAAUGUCGUCGCCCUAUCCUAUCAUCGCACCUUAUGAGCAGAAAAACAAAUCAAUCUCCAAACUUUCUUCACUAAUCAAAGCCAAAACACCCAAAACAUCUGUAAAUCGCCUGAGUACGCUAUCAAGCUUAACACAGCAAUAA